AUGGACAACGCGACAGUUCACAAAACACCUGAAGGUCUUCAAGCAAUUCGUGAUCGUGGGAGCGCUCUCUUGCUUUUACUUCCUUAUUCGCCAUUUUUGAACCCUAUUGAAAAGUGCUGGGCAAAAGCCAAUCAAGAAGUGCGCAAAAUAUCUUUAAUGACGAACGAAAUUUUAGCUGACUGUAAAGAAGUAGCAGCAAAAACAGUUACAGCAGAAAGCUGCGGCAAUCAAAGAGAACAAGCACGUUUAAAGAACCUUAAGAAAAAAGAAAAAGAAAACAAGGGAAAGUCAAGUUUGAACGGUAUGACUGUCACUCAAAAGAAAGAAUAUGAUGCUGCCAUUAUGCGUGCUAAACAAGAAGCUGCAGCAGCAAAAAAAGCAGCUGAAGGUGCCGGAAAGAAAAAAUAA